AUGUCCCUGUUACCUCCCGAGGUCCACUCGGCGCUCUCGCAGCUGCUGCGCGCGCUGUCCACCCCCGACAACACGAUCCGUGCCCAGGCGGAAGAGCAGUUGAAUAAUGACUGGAUCCAGGGUCGUCCCGACGUCCUGUUGAUGGGCCUGGCCGAGCAGAUCCAGGGUGCGGAGGAUGUGCUAACACGUUCCUUUUCCGCCGUCCUCUUCAGAAGAAUCGCAACCAAGACACGAAAAGACCCCGUCUCGAAUGAAGCUAAGGAGCUUUUCUCGACUCUCACCGGAGAACAAAGAUUGAUCAUCCGUCAGAAGCUGGUGACUUGCUUGACGAAUGAGUCAGUCACAGAUACCCGCAAGAAGAUCGGCGAUGCCGUGGCCGAGAUUGCCAGACAGUACACCGAUAAUGGCGACCAAUGGCCCGAACUUCUGGGCGUUCUCUUCCAAGCCAGCCAGUCCCCCGACGCCGGCCUGCGGGAGGCCGCCUUCCGCAUCUUCAACACCACCCCUGGGAUCAUCGAGAAGCCCCAUGAGGAGGCCGUUGUUGGAGUGUUCAGCAAGGGAUUCAAGGAUGAUGUCGUCUCCGUCCGCAUUGCCGCCAUGGAGGCCUUCGCUUCGUUCUUCCGCUCGAUCGCCAAGAAGUCUCAGACCAAGUUCUUCUCGCUCAUGCCCGACCUGCUUAACAUCCUGCCUCCAUUGAAGGAAUCGACCGAGAGCGACGAGCUCUCUUCCGCCUUCUUGUCCCUCAUCGAGUUGGCGGAAAUCUGCCCGAAGAUGUUCAAGAGCAUGUUCAACAACCUGGUCACGUUCAGCAUUAGCGUGAUUGCGGACAAGGAUCUCAGCGACCAGGUCCGCCAAAAUUCUCUGGAGCUGAUGGCCACAUUUGCCGACUAUGCGCCCUCGAUGUGCAAGAAGAACUCCGAGUUCGCCCAGCAGAUGGUGACCCAGUGUCUCAGCUUGAUGACUGAUAUCGGCGUUGACGACGAAGAUGCUUCCGAGUGGAAUGCAUCGGAGGAUCUUGAUCUGGAGGAAAGCGAUCUCAACCACGUGGCAGGUGAACAAUGCAUGGACCGCCUGGCCAACAAGCUUGGCGGCCAGAUCAUCCUCCCCGCGACCUUUGCUUGGAUACCCCGUAUGAUGUCGUCUUCUGCCUGGCGGGAUCGCCAUGCGGCUCUGAUGGCCAUCUCCGCCAUCUCGGAGGGCUGCCGCGAUCUGAUGGUCGGCGAACUGGACCAGGUGUUGCGACUGGUCGUGCCCGCCCUGCAAGACCCCCACCCGCGCGUGCGAUAUGCCGGGUGCAACGCUCUCGGCCAGAUGAGCACCGAUUUCGCCGGUACCAUGCAAGAGAAGUACCACGCGGUGGUCCUGACCAACAUCAUCCCCGUGCUUAACAGCACCGAGCCCCGCGUCCAGGCACACGCGGCCGCGGCCCUGGUCAACUUCUGCGAGGAGGCUGAGAGAAAGGUGCUGGAACCGUACCUGGGUGAUCUCCUGCAGCACCUGCUGCUGCUGCUGCGCAGCCCGAAGCGCUACGUGCAGGAGCAGGCUCUUUCGACGAUUGCUACAAUCGCUGACUCGGCCGAAAACGCCUUUGAGCAGUACUAUGAUACCCUGAUGCCCUUGCUGUUCAACGUCUUGAAGGAGGAACAGUCCAAAGAGUAUCGCCUGCUUCGCGCGAAGGCAAUGGAGUGUGCUACGCUGAUUGCUCUGGCUGUCGGCAAGGAGAAGAUGGGCCAGGACGCGCUGAACCUGGUGCAGCUGCUGGGCAACAUUCAGCAGAACAUUGUCGAUGCGGACGACCCGCAGUCGCAGUACCUGCUCCACUGCUGGGGCCGCAUGUGCCGGGUGCUCGGCCAGGACUUUGUGCCUUAUCUUCCUGGGGUGAUGCCGCCCCUGUUGACGGUUGCGGCCGCCAAGGCCGAUAUCCAGCUGCUGGACGACGAGGACCAGAUCGACCAGGUCGAGCAGGACGAGGGUUGGGAGCUGGUGCCUCUGAAGGGCAAGAUCAUUGGUAUCAAGACCAGCGCGUUGGAGGACAAGAACACUGCCAUCGAGCUGAUCACAAUCUACGCUCAGAUCUUGGAGGCUGCUUUCGAACCGUAUGUGCUGGAGACGAUGGAGAAGAUCGCGGUCCCUGGAUUGGCAUUCUUCUUCCACGACCCUGUGCGGGUGUCGUCUGCUAAGCUAAUUCCCCAGCUCCUGAAUUCUUACAAAAAGGCCCACGGAGACCAGUCGGCUGGAUUCGCUGGCAUCUGGAACAAGGUGGCGGAGAAGAUUAUCGAAGUGCUGAGCGCGGAGCCCACUGUGGACACUCUGGCGGAGAUGUAUCAAUGCUUCUACGAGUCAGUGGAGGUGGUGGGCCAGAACUGUCUGUCCCAACAACACAUGCAGGCGUUUAUCGAGUCGGCCAAGUCGACGCUGGAGGACUACCAGCUCCGGGUGAAGGCGCGUCUCGAGGACCGGGCGGAGGCGGACGACGGCGAGGACGACAACCUCGACUACGAGUACGCGGUUGAGGAUGACCAGAACCUGCUCAGCGACAUGAACAAGGCGUUUCAUACGAUCUUCAAGAACCAGGGCACGACAUUCCUGCCGGCGUGGGAGCAGCUGAUGGCCUUCUACGAUGCCUUCAUCAGCAGCCAGGACCCAACGCAGCGGCAAUGGGCGUUGUGUAUCAUGGACGACGUGCUCGAGUUUUGCGGACCCGAGUCAUGGAACUACAAGGAUCACAUCAUGCAGCCGCUGGCGGCGGGCCUGCAGGAUCCUAACGCGGCGAACCGGCAAGCGGCUGCGUACGGCGUGGGCGUGGCGGCGCAGAAGGGCGGCGCAGCAUGGGGCGACUUUGUGGCGGCCAGCAUCCCCAGCCUCUUCCAGGUGACGCAGAUCAACCAGGCACGCAGCGAGGAGCACGUCUUCGCAACAGAGAACGCAUCGGCCAGUAUCGCCAAGAUCCUGCACUACAACGCCAGCAAGGUGCAGAAUGCGACGGAGAUUGUGGCCAACUGGAUCGGCACUCUGCCGAUCACGUUUGACGAGGAGGCGGCCCCGUACGCCUACUCCUUCCUUGCACAACUAAUCGACCAACAAAACCCGGUGGUGCUGUCCAACGCGGAUAAGGUGUUCGGACACAUCGUGGCGGCGCUGGAGGCCGAGACACUGCAAGGGCAGACAGCCGCGCGGGUGGCCACGUCGGCGAAGCAGCUGGUCGCCGCGACUGGGUUGAAUGCCGAGCAGAUCCUGGCGGGAGUUAACCCGGACAACCAGGCAGCGGUGCGCAGCUACUUCCAAUGA